AUGACGGCUUACGGUGCUAUGUCUUCUCUUAUGAAUACAAUAAAUAAUAUUCCCCAUUGCUCCCGUUUUACCCUGAUUGGUGGCUCUCAACAAAUCAUACAAGUCGUGUACAAGGAGUUGGAGCCAUGGCAAGAAAUUCUGGAAAGAUUGGACAAGACGAGCCCAAGCAAGAGCAGGAAGAAGGUGAAUGCUUUGGAUGGAAGAGUCAAAGAGGCAAUUUGGAAAUUCGAAGACUCAUUAGAAUCCCUUCUCACUCAACACAUUCCUUCACAACCUGAAACUCUUCCAGAGAUUGUCUCCAUUGAUCUGCAGAGUCUGCAAAACGAAGCUCGUUCAUUGAUCAAAACCCUCAAGGAUAUGGAGAAGGAGUACAUUUACGAAGUGGAGAAUAUGCCUCAAGACGAACCUAUUUCGUCAUCGAUAGGUUUCCUUGGACCUAACCCAAAGAUGAUUGGAUUAUCUGACCAAUUCCAAAAACUCAAAACCGAUCUUCUGGGGCAUAGUUGGUUCUGGAUUCGUUUCCACCAUCUAGUUGGAACGGCAGGGGUUGGGAAGACAACUCUUGCUAUGCAGAUUUAUCAGGAUCCAGAAAUACAAAGCAAGUUUGAGUAUCGCGCAUGGGUGACCAUAGGCAGAGUACCUCAACCGACCACUCAAAUUUUAAGAGGCAUUCUUGAAGAUUUAGACGACAGUUUUGCAGAAAGAUGGAAGGGUCAGUAUUUCCUCAUUGUGCUGGAUGAUGUCUGGGAUAUCCAUUCAUGGGGUAUAAUGGAGUUUGAUUUUAUAUACAUCCGAGAAGGAUUCGUUACUGUCUUGCUUACCGCCCGGCAUCGAAAAUUGGUAGAUACUACUGGUUAUAUGCGUUAUGAGGAUGAGGUGCGGUUUUUGAAUGAAGAAGAAAGCAUGGAACUAUUAUGUGACAAGGUGUUUGGUGAUGAGAUUUGCCCUCCUCAACUUGAAAAAGUUGCCGCCAAAAUCGCCAAGCAUUGUGAAGGUCUCCCUCUCUUGAUCGUCACUGUUGCUGCCAUCAUUUCAAUAUCCGAGCAUAACAGAGACCCGGUCUACUGGAAUGACGUGGCAGAAAGGAGAAAUUCAGUAUUCAGAGAUGCAUACAAUCAAAUAUCAGAGGUACUUUUCCCAAGUUAUGACUACUUACCUCAACAUCUUAAAAUGCCUUUUCUGUUCAUGGGAGUUUUUCCACUGGAUUACAACACUCCCCCUUCCAAAAUCAUCAUUAUGCUUAUGGCUGAGGGGUUGCUUUCCUCGUAUGAAUCAGAGCGUUGA